AGAGAGAAUCUCGGUCGGAUUUUGUAGACGGACCAGAUUAAGACUUUCCCGGCAGUGUUUCAGAAGCCCAGGGGUCGUGACUUCUGGGGCGGAUCUUCGGUUUGCUUAGAAGCUGCAGUAAGCAAGAAUGAGCGGAACCCUGGGAAAGGUGCUGGGCCUCUGGAAAGAUGCUGUUUCUAAGCAAGCCUUUUCUCUCUUAAGAUUCAGAGUUUUGGAAGAGAAUCCCAUUUGUUCUGCAGGUGGUAUUCUGCUGAGGGCCAGUCGGCACUACAAGACAAAGCCCACUCAUGGCAUUGGCAGAUACAAACACUUGGUGAAAGUGCUAGAGCCUAAAAAGAAGAAGGCAAAAGUGGAAGUGAGAGCCAUUAAUCUGGGGACAGAUUAUGAAUAUGGUGUUUUAAAUAUCCACCUGAUCGCUUAUGACAUGACUCUGGCAGAAAGCUAUGCCCAGUAUGUCCACCGCCUCUGCAACCGGCUCUCCAUCCAAGUUGAGGAAAGUUACGCGAUGCCCACCAAAACCAUGGAGGUGAUGCGGCUACCAGCCCAAGGCAACAAAAUGGUCCUAGACUCAGUCCUUACCACCCAUGAGCGAGUGGUUCAGAUCAGCGGUCUGAGUGCUACGUUUGCAGAGAUUUUCUUGGAAAUACUGCAAAGCAAUCUUCCAGAAGGAGUCAGGUUGUCAGUGAGGGAGCACACCGAAGAAGACUUCAAAGGAAGGUUCAAAGCUCGGCCAGAACUGGAAGAAUUGUUGGCCAAGUUGAACUAAACACUGUGAGCCCUUUCAUGCCAUUAUCAGUUUCAGAGAAGUUCAUCCUGCUUGAUCAGAAGAAGCAGGAGAAUGAUGCUUAUACUGGGAAUGCCUUCUGGGUCUGUGACAUGCUGUGCUUGCCAGUUACCACUUACCUUAACAAAGCCUAGGGCAUUCUCCACCUAAUAAAAAUCUGCUGUAACCCAC